AUGGCUCGACUCUCCCACGCACUGGGCGUCACGCCAGUCGCAACGCCCGAACGAGGCACUGCCGAACUAGCACAGCUCCUCUCCCGACUCGAACACACGAUCCUCCGUGCAGACCAGGCGCGCGAACGAAGACUGCGGUCAAGCGAGUUUGAGAGAGCGCGCAUCAACUCGAACCUGGACUACGCGAGGAGUCUCCUCACAAGACUGGAGCAGGAAGCGAUGGGACUGAAGUUUCAGGCACGGAAAGCAGAGCUGCAGACCGACCUGAACGUUAAGAGGGAACUUUUGGAGAAGCUUGUGGAUCGUAUGCAUGAUCUGGGACAGUUACAUGACGACGAUGGCGACAGUUCUGAAGGAGAAGAUUACCUGAGCGAAAUCAUACCCACACCGAGCGAGAGCAUGGACUCGCAGUCGACAGACAUACCGACCGAGGGGACAGAGGAUGCCGAGGCAUCAGAUCCAGAACCUGAGAUACCAGAUCUGCCGCCGCCAGUUGCCUCACAGACGACCCAGCGAGAAGGCAGCGCGGAACAGCCCAAAGCCACGGCGCGGGAUCCGGAGCAUGCGUCUCCAGAAGCCUCCUCAGUACCCGCGACAACGACAACCCAGACGCUCCGUGCGAGGGGGCCCCAGCCGUCGUCAGCACAGGAUACUGCAGCCACGACGGCGCGCGCAGCCCUCUUCGCCAACCGGCGCACCACUACCGGCCUGUCUACGAAGACGGGCUCCUCGACGGCCACCGCCGAGGCCAUCCUCGACCACCAGCGUGCCGAGCAAGACGCUCUGUCCGGCUCCAUCUUGAAGAUGGCCAGUGCGCUCAAGGCGUCAUCACAACGGUUCUCUACGACGCUCGAAGAGGACAAGGCCUUGCUGAGCCGCGCAGGAGAGGGCAUGGAUCGGACGGAAAAGGGCAUGGAUGCCGCUAGCCGACGUAUGGGCGCACUGAAGCGCAUGACGGAGGGAAAGGGGUGGUACGGCAGGAUGAUUCUCUACGCCUGGGUGUAUGGGCUCAUGGUUGCGUUGGUGCUACUGGUGUUCGUCAUGCCGAAGCUGCGCUUCUGA